AUGGACAGUAAUUACUAUUCCACCGUGUAUACAUGGUUCGAGAAGUGUGGGAUCAUAUCCAACAUCAGGACCCACCUGCGUCAGAAUCUAGUGAACGCUCUGAAGCACAAGGAUCUGGGGCUAUGCAAGAGCAAAGAGCCGAGGUCAGCGAGACAGUACAUUUACGAUAUGUUAAUAGCCGAGUACCUGUUUAGUCACAAUUACUCCUUUACUUUGUCGAUAUUUGCUAGCGAAGUUCCGCUUUUAGUAAACUUUUGCAACAGCGUGCCACAGCGCUCCUCUGACAAUGACAAUGACAGAGGCGGUGGUAGCGGUCACAAUAAAUUGCAAAGUGAUUACAUAGCGCACACCCUGGAGACACUGGGCAUUGAUCCAAACAGGCCCGAGGGCCAGCAUAUUAUAUCGAGUUACAUGAACAGCGAGGCACCGCUGUUGCUGUCGAUUUUAAGUUCUGUAGCUUCUCUCGUUGCCAAUGCGCAGUCCUCUGCUAAAGAAAGUUCCUCGUGCAACAAGCAAACGCAAGCCAACUUAGCUUUGGAGUCAAAUCUCGUUGACACGACAAGAGUACACGCGAUGAGAAAGAAAAUUGUUCAACAGAAACGACUGUACGAUGAUGAAUUGAGGAUAAAGGAGAGCAAACUGAAACAGCAGGCUGUCGUUGUGAAGCAUCAACUCGAUACGCUGAAUGAGAAAGUGGAAGAAGCUCAGAAUUUAAUGCGAUCGUUAACGCUGAAGGAGAAGCAGCUGAACGAAAAGAACGACAAUGACGUUCGGUGUAUCUUACAAAAGGAAAUGGAGCUGUCUAUGAAACAGAAUUUCUUAACACAAGAGGCUAACAGAUUGCAGAGAGAACGGGACGGUUACAGAAAGUUUGAGGGCGAUUUAAAGAAGCUGCAACGGGAACUCGUCAAAAUGCAAAAGGAAAUGUCGCAAGGAACGUCGAAUCAGUGUGUCCAGAACAAUGUUAACAACAGAAAUAUUCACGUGCAAACCGAUCUGGAGAGCCGCGCGAUAAUGGACGAGUGCAAAGUCCUGCGGCAAGAGAAGUUGGAGCUGAUGAAUCUCGUGCAGGAGCAACGCUCGAGGAUAGAGCAGAUCACGCUACGCAGCGUGCAAUUGUCGCGCCAGUUGGAGGAAAUGCGCUCGUUACCGCGAUCGGUCGCCGUCGAUGUACCGGUUUCUGCUGCCGAAGCCGCCAGUGCGAACGCAAUCGUCAGCGAGAGCAGUUCCACGGAGGAUAUCCUGCAGGAUGCCAAGAUGCGGCUAAAGCGACUGGAAGAGGAGAGUUCCAAGGCGGAUCAGUAUUUCUGUAGCUUUAUCAGCACGGCGUCGUAACGAAGAUAUCCUAAACCACGUCAUUUAUAAAAUUAACUUAUUUAACUUAUUUAUUAUCGUGCACGUGAUCAUUCCAAGCAUCGAAUCAAGAUAAUGCACUUGGAAGCGUGAAAUUUGUAUCUCGUUAGUGAAUCUUACAAAUUCAUAUAUAAAGUAAUAUAAAUUUUAUAGAUAAGAA